AGUUAUAAAAAAGUCUUCGAGCAAGAGAGUUGGAAAACAGUGAAAAGUUCGUGCUAAAAUAAAAAGAAAGACAUUCUUAAUAAUCAUUUAUUAAUUUCAAACGAAUUUGCAAAAACAUUUUAUAAAGUUGCAUAAGUUGUGCAAUCAGAAUUUUCCUAUAAGAAUUGGGUUGAACAUUAAACGAAAAAUGCAUAUUGCCGUGAUUUUGGCUUUUCAUUUUUUCUGUGCUUUUGAGUGUUUGGCAAAGCCAGUUGAGCAAGGGUCUGUUACCGAUCCUUUGGGCGAAGUUACACCAUAUCCCGAUACGCAGAAGCAAUUUAUCGAUAUCAAUAAUGUAAGUCCUGAAGUGUCAAACAUUUUAAUCGAGAACAAUAUGAACUUGGAAAAGAUUAAGACGAUGUUGGAGAAGCUGCAGAACAAGACAAUGUCAAACAAGAAUUUUUAUGAAGUGAUUCCAUCAUCAACCUCUUCACCAUCAACUGAAGCUAAAGACAUGUCAGAGUUCCGUUUGAACAGCAUUAAAACUUCAUUGGAGAAGACUUUAAGACAAAGUGACGAUAAUGCUCCGCAAACAAAUGCUGAAUUUGAUUAUGCAUUGCCAGCAGUAUGUGAAGUUCCGCGUCAUUUCAAUUUGUCUGAUUGGUUUGGACAUAAAACUUGGAAUAUUUUCUUCAAACCCAAUUAUCGUCAAUAUAAUGUGAAAUCGGUGUUCUUGAGAAUCAAAAGCAACUUCAAUGGUUGGGUCGAAAUUGAUGCAUUGUUAACAUUGAAAUACUGGGACCAUCCAAGAAAUAAUUAUGGAAUUGCUAUCGAUAUCUUUGAUGACGAAGAGAAUCAACUUGACGCUAAGGAACAUUUCCAUCUCCAAAACUGCGAGGCAGGUGUACAAGUCCCAUGGCGAGCUUUCAACCUCCUUGCUAAGUCUAUCCGAACUCCGGUAUCCGAAGAUGAUGUGGAAGUAUAUCGAAGCGUGCAUACUGGUCCCCGUUUAGACAUAAUAUCAUCAAGCCCAGCAAAAUAUCUUCUUAACUCUUCUGAGACCCAGCAAUCCCAGCAAAAACCAAAACGUUUGAGACACAUCCAUAACCCUCAUCACCUGCAAAAAUCAAGUGAAGAAUAUCCCGAAUCAUUUGAAAAUUAUUUCCAUGAUGAUGCUAUCAAUGAUCAUUCACAUAACAACAAAAAAGUUGAAGAAACAUAAGAAGCGAGCAUAAUUUUAAAAACAAAAUAAUAAGAAAUUAGGUCAUAAGUGUGAAGUGGAAACUUUUUUAUAUGAAAUCUUAGCAGAAUCAAAUAAAACGAGAAAUGAAAUCUAAUAAUUGUCAAUAUCUCUGUAAUGGAAAGUAAAUCGUAAAGAACAAGAGAAGAAAAGUUUUUCAGUCACACGUUUAAACUUUAACAUCAUUUAACUAACUUUUAAAUUUUUUUCAUGUCUUUUUAAUUUUAAUGUAAAUAUUUUGGAAAGAAAAAAGCUCGAAUGUUAUGUCUAAGCUUACUUUUAACUUAUGUUAAGGGAAUUUUUCAAAUAUAUUGUCGACUUACGAUGCAAAAACGAAUUUUGGAAGAGAAAAAAUUGCCUUCGAUGACAUAAAUUCUAAAACGACAUUGAGGAAAGUAAAAAUAAUUUUGAGGA